AUGAAGAGUGAACCUUUAAACAAUCCAUGGAAACUUCAGUAUGAUGAAGUGUUGGAACAAUAUCAUUAUAUCAAUGUAAUUGAUAACACAAUUACUUUCGAUUUACCGUGCGAGGUUAACUACACACCCGAGUUAAUAAGGCCGAAAUCGAUAUUUCACAUGAAGAAAAGAUCCAGUUCAUCCCGGAUGCUGGAACUGGAAAUGUGCAAACAGAUGAGUUGGGGGUCAUCGGACAGUUCGUUGCUGGAAACAUCGAAAAAGAAGUCGUUAUUGGGAAAAUUGGGAUCGGUAUUAAGAUAUAAGCAUCGGCCGGAGGUCGCGGAUGCCGAUGUAAUUGCCGCAAAAGACACAGACAGAAAGACGGAUAAUACAGAAGAGAGCGACGACGAGAUGAGCGACGUCAAUAAUUACAACUACGACCGCACGAUAGGAGUUUCUACCGAGUCAUUUGGUGACGUUGACAGUAUGAUCAGCGGGCUCGAUGACGCAUAUCUCUUGGAUAAUUCCACCAAUUUGAAGAAUUUUGCAGGAACAUCGGUGAACAACGAAGCAUACUACGAGUCGUUUAGCUCGAGCAGUUCAAGUAAUUCAAUCCAUUCGUAUUACUCUAAUUUGCCAUAUGAGUACGAAGAAAUUGACGGAUCUGAGCUUGAUUACGAUAAGGAAAGGGAAAGAUAUGAAUUGAGAUUACAAUUCAGGGAAGAAUUGGAAAUCUAG